AUGCCCUCAAAGCCAGCAUUCGCCAGGAACGGCAAAGCGCCCGCAUCGCCGAGCGGUCGUCGUAGCCCAGAACCGCCGUCAGCCAACACCGCAACUGCGCAGCUUGGCAUUUGGCUCGGUAUGUCGAUGUGUACCGGUGCCAAGAUGAGCUCGGUCCUUUGCAAGAUAGCGAGUUCAUCCGCUUGGAGUCUGUUCGCUUCGGCACGGGUGGUGACACACCACUGCCUACGUCGGUCCGGAACCAGGCCUUGCUCGACCCGUGCCUUGUCAAGUGGACCUUGCGAGCUAAACCGAGAUUUGGACGAGAUCGAGGCGCAUCAGUCGCAGAUCCUAGAUGCGAUUCGUAGCGACGAGACAAGACGAUUUGCGGGCUAG